AUGGCAUCGGCUGGUGCGAUCGGCGCUUCUGGCGCCGACGGAUCGCUGCGCAAUGCACAGAUCCAGGCGCUAGUGUCGCUGCUAAACUUUAAUGACCCGGCAUUUGCACGCAUGGGCGCGAAUCGUGCUGCGCCCAAUGACGCCGACCAAGGCGCGGACGUGCCGAAAGCGCCAGCGGUGUGGAAAGUUUUGAUUAUGGACCAAACCAGCACUGAUAUCCUCGCGACAAGUCUGCGUGUCCAGGACUUGCGCGAAAACGGGGUGACGCUGCACAUGCAGCUGCAUUCCGAUCGGCCCUCGCUGCCCGACGUCCCGGCGGUCUACUUUGUCUCGCCGACGUCGGAAAACGUUGCGCGCGUCGCGAAAGACGUGAGCGCAGGGAUGUACGAAUCCACAUACAUAAACUUUACUUCUGCGGUACCGCGCUCAUUGCUGGACGAGCUCGCACAGGCUGUCGCGAAAGGCGGCGGCGGCCCGAGAAUCAAGCAGGUGUUCGACCAGUACCUGGAUUACAUCGUCCUGCAGCCGAACCUCUUCCAGCUAUUGCCACAGGCGCAGGGAAAGGUUGAUCAACGCGUGCCGACUACCUAUGAGCGCCUGCACCAUGUAGGGCUUGGCCAGGAACACGUCGAGGCGGAGACGGAUCGCAUCGCUGCGAGCCUUCUCUCUGUAUUUGCGACGAUCGGCACCGUUCCCAUCAUCCGUGCACCGCGCGGAAGUGCAGCGGAGCUUGUCGCACGCAAGCUCGAGUCCAAGCUGCGAGAGCAAACGACCGGCGCACGCGCCGCAACUGGAUUGUUUGCGGGCGGCGCAGGCUCCUGGGAUACGACCCGCCCUGUGCUGAUUUUGUUGGACCGCAAUGUCGACCUGGUGCCCAUGAUUGCGCAUUCGUGGACGUACGAGGCGCUGGUGUACGAUGUACUGGACACGAAGCUGAACCGCGUCACUGUGCAGGACCCUGAAAAAGCGGGAGCGUCAAAACGCUCCUACGACCUCGAUGCAAAAGACUAUUUCUGGGCAAGGAAUGCUGAACUGCCCUUUCCCCAGGUAGCCGAGGAUAUCGACGACGAACUGAACCGGUAUCGCGCCGAAGCAAAUGAGAUUAUGCGCUCGACUGGCAUCAGCAGCAUGGACGAGGUCGGCCAGCUGGAUGCCUCCUCGAACGCGUCCCAUCUCAAGGCUGCCGUCACUGCGCUGCCGAAACUUACCGCACGGAAGCAGACGAUCGAUGCGCAUAUGAACAUCGCGACUGCGCUCCUACAAGGGAUCAAGACGCGGGGCCUGGACGAGCUGUACCAGCUGGAGGAGGCAAUCGGACGGCAGACCAAGUCGGCCAUCAUGGAGGCGCUGCAGAACAGUGCGCUGGAUAACCCCGAGGACAAGCUGCGUCUGUUCUUGAUUUACUAUCUCGCGACGCCGAGUAACACACUCACACGCAAGGACAUGGACGAGUUCGAGUCCGUGCUCCAGGCCCAGGGCGCGGAUCUUGCCGCGCUCCACUACGUGAAAAACGUGCGCGAGUUGAUCAACUUCACCUUGAGUGCGACGGCUGCGACGCCGAUCCCUGGUGGAAACAGCGAGCUUUUUAAAGGUUUCAGCUCUUUGGGGAGUAGGCUGACCGACCGGCUCAAGGACAGCCGCUUGGAGAACCUGGUUGCGGGCGUGAAAACCUUUUUGCCCGCACAGAAAGACUUUACAGUCACGCGCCUCGUCGCGUCCAUCAUGGACCCAGCCGCGAGCAAUGCCCAGGCACUGCCCGAGACGGACGAGUACUUGUAUAUCGACCCGAAACAGCCGCGCGCUCGCGGUACGGCCAUGGCGCCCGGCGGCAGUAAGGCGCGAAGACCGUUUGCGCACGCAGUCGUGUUUGUCGUCGGCGGCGGAAGUCAUGUCGAGUAUGCGAAUCUGCAGGAGUACGUCGCGCGCUCUGCUGCUGCGAAUGGAGGGCUCGCGCCUGGCACGAGCAGUCCCAAGCAAAUUACAUACGGUAGCACCGAGAUCCUCACGCCGAGUGCCUUUCUCCACUCGAUGCAGGCGCUGGGGUCUGUAUAG